AUGGAGGCGCCUCAGGACUUCAAGUCCCAACAAGAGGGCAUUCAAAAGUCUCUCGUAUCCACUGUCAAAUCCGUCAAUCGCCUAGCCGCUGAGGAUCUAAGCUUCCUGCGAACCGUAAGCCCCGAUGUUGCGGAACAACUCGACGACAGGUCGGCACGCAUCCUGCAUCUUUCCACACGUUUACUUCAAUCUGCAGCCAAGGCGUGCGGUGUCAAGGCUCCGAGACUCGAAGAUGUAGAGGACAUUGACAUGAGUUGGCAGUCUAUUGAGGACGUUGUGGAUUCCGUUCUCGAAAAGGCUGAUACUGCCGUGGACGAAUACACUGGCUUGAUUAAGCGAAAAGAACCUCCCAGCGCGGAUACUGGCCCCAAGGCAAAGAGGCCAAGGCCUACCGGCAAACUUGUCCGUAAUGCAAACAUCACCAAGCCCCAGGCCAUGUUCGAGAGGAAGCCCGACAACUUUCCUACCGGUCCUUGGAAACCAAUUCUCGCCAACAAGCCUCACGCUACCGUUUCACUAGAACAGAGUCUCUUCACUGCUCCAGGCGAAGAUGGCACAGCCCAGUAUAAGCACCCUUACGAAACAGAAAUCUCAACCAUGAAAUACCCAGAGUGGGUAUUCCAAAAGCACGAUCCCAUACCCUCACAACCAAUAGAUUCAACGAAAGCUACGUGGGUAGACACCUAUGAAGGAGUUCUCGAGAUGUUGGAGGAACUUAGGAAGGCCAAGGAGAUUGCCGUCGACUUGGAACACCACGAUUUCCGCACAUACACGGGUCUUGUUUGCCUGAUGCAAGUUAGCACUCGGGAUCGGGACUGGAUUGUAGAUACGCUGCAGCCAUGGCGUCACAAGCUUGAGGUCCUCAACGACGUUUUUGCCGACCCCAGUGUCGUGAAGGUCUUUCAUGGUGCGUACAUGGACAUGGUUUGGCUACAACGGGACCUGGGUCUUUACGUAAAUGGUCUUUUCGAUACCUACUUUGCCUGUAAUCUUCUCAACUAUCCAGGCAGAAGUUUGGCAUUUUUGCUCUCAAAAUUUGUCGGUUUUGAUGCCGACAAGCAGUACCAGCUGGCUGACUGGAGAAUACGGCCCAUCCCAGAAGACAUGCUGUAUUACGCUCGGUCAGACACGCACUAUCUUCUUUACAUCUAUGAUAAUGUCCGCAAUGAGCUUAUCGAAGCCUCGGACAAAAGCGACCCGGAAAAGGACUACAUCAACCAGGCUUUGGAAAGAUCAAGAGAAUUGGCGCUAUCACGGCACGAAAACCCCGACUACAACGAGACAACAGGUGAGGGAGCUAGAGGAUGGUACAAUUACGUUUUCAAGCACUCCCACCUCGCCUUGAAUGGAGAGCAGUUUUCCAUCUUCAAAGCAUUAUGGAAGUGGAGGGACGAAACGGCGCGGCAGGAAGACGAAAGCCCCAACUUCGUACUGGGACCAACCAAUGUCACUGAAAUUGCACGCGUCAAUCCUCCCGAUGUCAAGGCUCUACACAGUCUGUUGCCUCUGACAGCGCGUCUGGCCAAAGCGCGCUUGAAUGAUAUCUGGGCCCGUGUUCAAGAGGCCAAGACCCGAGGCGGACCAAGCUUAAUGCAAUUCUUCACAACCCUAGCGCCACAGUCAGCAACUAAGAGCAAGUUACCAAAAUUCCCUAGAGAGCGUGUGGAACUGCCCAUUCUGGAAGGACCCAAUGUCUCAAUGGGGAUAAUGGCUCAGUCCAAGCUCUUCGGAAGCAUGCCUAUAAGUUCGCGAUGGGAAGACUCAAAGGGAUCGCCAACACACAUGGAGGGCAAUAUACCUUUCCCUUGGCAGCGAUUUGUCCAGGAUUCUGCUACAGUUGAUGGAGCACAGGAGGAAAAUACUGCCCAUCAAGUUGUGGAAGAAGCUCCCUCAACCAUGGAAACACCCAAACUGAAAGCUCAGAUGGAAGAGCUUGACGAAGAGUUCACUCUAAAGACAGGCAGAAAGCGGAAAUCUGAGUCGGAGCCAGAUCAAGACGACGAGACGUCAUCCUCUGGCGAAUCGGAAUCAGAGUCCGAAUCCGAAUCCGAAUCUGAAUCUGAGCCAGAGCCAGAGCCACCAGCAACCGAGAAGGACAUGCCUAUUGCAGAUUCCGACGGCGUCAUAUCCAUAGUAGACAAUCCACCCAAAAAGACCAAGAAGCAACGCCAGCUAGAACGCCGCCAGAAGAAAAAACAAGAGGAUCUCGAAAUCGCCAAGAAACGAGAAGCCAAACUUGCGAGAAAAGCAAGAAAGCAAGAAAAAAGCCGACAAGGCAAAGAGGAACAAAAGAAGAAGUACAAUGCUGUGCCAUUUGAUUACACCAAGGCCCCAUCCGUUAUGCAGGCCAAUCGCGGACAAGCUCAGCAGGGCGGGAAGAAAGAACAGAAGAAGGUGUUUGAUCCAUAUUCCAAGACUGGUGACAAUGAGAUUAAGGGCGCGAGAAAAAUGCCGCCUAUUAGGGGCGAAAGGAGUGCUACGUUUAAGAAGUAG